CUGUUGCUGGCGGCGGUGGUGGUGGUGGUGGUGGUGGGCCGGUGUGUGUGUGUGUGGAGGACCUGCAAACCUCAGCAAGGAAGUCAACCACAGGGACGCGUGUCCAUACACAGUCCUCAUCAAUGAUGGAUCCGAGCCGCUUCGGGAAGUGAAGAUGCUGGUAGCGUGAGAUCAAAGAUCAAUGUGCCUUCACGACGCCGUGCUGGUGGUCUGACCCGUGGUUGACAACGGGGCUUAGUUGAUGUGACCCGGUUGAUGGUCGUGUGGUGCACCAGUCAUCACAUUGAUGGGUUGACAUCAUCAACCCAUCUUGAGACUUAAACAACAACACAUUUAAACUCUUAUACAAAAUAGCACAUUUACAGUAGGUUUUUGAUACUGGAAUGAGACGUAAAGGGUUAACACAGUAAUAUAUUACGAAGUAAUUAUUGGUGUCUGUUUUGUAUGGUCAUUUUCUACGUUUUUAGUUGUUAGUGAAGAGAGGGAUAGAGGGUUAAGACCCUUGUUGAUGCAGCGUAUAUAUAUAUAUAUAUAUAUACAGUUUAUAUAUAUAUAUAUAUAUAUAUAUGUGUUUGUGUAUGUGUGUUGACAACGACGAAGAAGGUACUGAGGAAGAUGUCACAUAUCAGUUGUCUACAACCCCAAGUGUGCUCACAUCCUUCAGUCAUCCCCGCUCAAUACUGAUGACUAGUUAUAAGGCUGAACGAGCUUAUUAAGAAGUAUUUAGAUGUGGUUACGAGUGACUUAGAACGAGUCACUUCCUCGCCACUCUGCUUGCCCGUCUCUCUCUCCGUCUUAAAGAAGACAUUUGUAAUAUUUAGACAAUCUUUUUCUCGUCUUGUUUUUCUUUAAAUUGUGUUGUUGUUGUUGUUGUUGUUGUUCGUCGGGUCGUCAUUAAUCUAAAAGUUUGAUUUGAUGGUAUUAAGAAAGUUGUGUUUUUUGAUAGUAAAUGUGGUUAAGUGUUUGUUUAAGUAGCUGUGGUCGUUUUGUACUUUACAAGUAAAUGUGGUUUGUAAAACAUUGUAACUGCAUUCAGUAAGUGUUUCAGUGGUUUCCAUUUUGUAAUUACGGAGGGGGUGUGUCCUGUAUCCCCCCCCCCCAUACUCGCUCAUCAAGUGUGUUCAUAACGUAUGUAAGGUGACCCAAUACUUAACUUUCAAGGCGCGGCUCCUUACUAUCACUUUACACACAAUACAGCCAAGCUUAGGCCAAGGUUGUGGUCUCCUGGUGCUCACCCUCUUUGGCUCAGUUGUUCUAAGUCAUUAAGGGCGCUCUGUGUUCAAGGGCUCUCGGGGUUCGAGGUUUUUCGCUCUCUCGCCUCGACUAGAUUCGUGUGGCUGGCUCAAAGCUCCUCCUGAUCAGCAAGUCCUAAGUUUCAGUAGUAUCUAAGUUAUACCUAUUUUCGUUUUGGGUGUAGAGUGGUGUACGUCCCAGAGGCUGUACCCCCACUGGGAAGCUGUACCCCCACUGGGAGGCUGUACCCCCACUGGGAGGCUGUACCCCCACUGGGAAGCUGUACUCCCACUGGGAGGCUGUACCCCCACUGGGAGAGGCUGUACCCCCACUGGGAAGCUGUACUCCCACUGGGAGAGGCUGUACCCCAACUGGGAGAGGCUGUACCCCCAUUGGGAAGCUGUACCCCCACUGGGAAGCUGUACCCCCACUGGGAGGCGCUGGUCGCCAGUCUGUGAGACAGGUGAUGGUGCUAUAAUGACAUAACAGGUCACUUGCAAAUCGUUACUUUCCCAUUAGUUCAAAGGUAGUUGAUUAAUUGACGAAAUAUAGGAGAGGGCGCGGGUUUGGGCGUCCUCUUUGUGAGUGGCUCGCUUUCUUUAAAGGUAGUUAGGAUUUCUGGUCAUUGUUAAACAGUAGGCUGUAAGGCCGGUUGAAGGAUAAUUGUUAAAGUUGCUUUUGAGCGCGUGGGUGUAGGCCUAGCCUCCCAAGGGCGUGGGUGUAGGCCUAGCCUCCCAAGGGCGUGAUGAGCCAGCCGCCCACUCAGGCGCCCCGUCGGGCCCCGCCGAGGGUGUUCCGGCGACAAAAUAGCUUCGCCGGCUUCCCCAGCGCCACUCUGAGCAUUUUUAACAACAAUGCCGCUAACAGCAACAACAACAAUAACAACAACGGGAGGAACGCCAAGGCUGGAGCGCCACCCUCCACCACCGCAGCAAAUGGAACGUCUGCGGGUGUGCCAGCUACCACGGCACAAACGGUGCCUACAUCCGGGGCGCCCACCACAUGGGCAACCACGUGUGUGGCCGGGGGAUUGACAGCGCCCCCUACAUCGGCGCACGCGUCGUUGCCGGUCUACCAGCCGCCACCAGCCGCCAGUAGACCCGUGUCUGGCUUCUACUCCCUUCCAAGACACAACCGUCCGGGCCACUUGAGUCGCGCCCUCGGCGUCGGCUUCCACCUGUUGGCCAGAACGUCUCCAGCGGGAGCCUCGGGCCCUACGGCGGCCGAGCAGUUAGGGAUCAACUCCCCGGCGCUCCCAAAGGCCCACAGACGGAACCUGAGCGAUGGCAACACGGGAGAGGCAGCAUCCGCCCCGCCCAUAACACUCGGCUCCUUGUCCCGGAGUAAAGGUAGCUCGAAGGAGGCGACGCCGCAGGUUACCUCCAGCGGGGAUCUUAAGCUGAAGUCAAGUAAACGGAGUGGCAGAGACGGGGAGCUUAAAUCCCGCCGGAGGGAGCAAGACUACCAGUCACUGCCACGCCGCUCCUCCAAGGACCAGACGGCUAAAAGGGCCCCUAAGGAUGGGGAUUCGAAGAGCCAAAGUUCCGCGAAACGACAGGACACCGAACCGAAGUUCCGGUCACUGCCCAGGAGGCACGAGGGGGAGGCCAGGUACCAGGCCGUGAGCAGAAAAAGCGAGGGAGACCCGAAGUACCAGUCGCUGCCGAAGCGGCACAGCACAGAGCCCAGGUAUCAAACGUUGCCAAAGCGGCGUGACGGAGAGUCGUCAUGCGGGCAUCAUCCCUCGUCGCCCAAGAGACGGAGCACAGAGGCUGGCCACCAGUCGUCGUCGCCCAAGAGACGCGAUGUCGGACCAGGAGCACUUUCCUCUUCCCCCAAGAGGCGAGAUAUCGGGCCAAGCCACCUUCCGGGCUCCCCCAAGAGGCGGGAAACAGAGCCCGGAGCUCACCAGUCUCUCUCCCCCAAGAGGAGCGGCGCCGACCCCAAGUACCAACCUCUGCUACCCAAAAAGUACGACAUGGAUCCCAAAUACGAUACGCUGCCUCCGAAGAAGCCAGAGGUGGACCUCAAGUACCAAACUGUCCCUCAGAAGAGGCACGAUCCGGACUCGAGAUACCAGAGCGUGCCUCCGAAGAUCUACGACAUCGAUCCCAAAUACCAAGCACUGCCUCCCGAGAGACAGGAGAUCGACCUUCGGUACUACCCUCUGCCACCUCCCAAGUACGAGAUGGAGCCGAAGUACCAAACAAUACCACCAAAGAGACGGGACAUGGAUCAGAGAUAUCCCACGGUGCCGCCCAAGAGGUUUGGUAUCGACUUGAAAUAUCAGCCAUUACCUCCACCUAAAAGAUACGACAUCGGGCCCAGAUACCAAACCAUACCGCCUAAAAGACACGAUAUUGACCACAGGUAUCAUUAUAUUCCCCCUCCGAGGCCAGAUAUCGAACCCAGGCAUCAACAAUUCCCACCAAGACGACUUGAUAUCGAUCCGAAAUACCAGCAACUUCCUCCUAGGAGACCCGAUAUCGAGCCCAAAUAUCAGCAACUUCCUCCUAGGAGACCUGAUAUCGAGCCCAAAUAUCAGCAACUUCCUCCUAGGAGACCUGAUAUUGAGCCCAAAUACCAGCAGCUUCCUCCUAGGAGACCUGAUAUCGAGCCCAAAUAUCAGCAACUUCCUCCUAGGAGACCCGAUAUUGAGCCCAAAUAUCAGCAACUUCCUCCAAGGAGACCCGAUAUUGAGCCCAAAUAUCAACAACUCCCACCCAGAAGACCUGAUAUUGAGCCCCGCUACCAGCAACCACCAACUAGACCCGAUAUUGAGCCCAAAUACCAGCCCUUGCCUCCAAGACCCGAUAUUGAGCCCAAAUACACACAGCUGCCACCACGACGCCUAGAAGUUGACCCAAGAUAUCAACCAUUGCCACCAAGGCCCGAUAUCGAACCCAGAUAUCAGUCUCUACCACCCAGACCCGAUGUGGAACCCAAAUAUCAGCCGUUGCCCCCAAGGCCCGAUAUUGAGCCCAGAUACCAACCACUUCUCCCCAGACCUGAUAUAGAACCAGGGUUUCAACCAAUGCAACCAAGGCCCGACAUCGAACCCAAGUACCAGCAGUUGCCACCAAGGCACCCCAACGGGGAACCCAAAUACCAACAGCUGCCCCCUAGACACCCCAACGGCGAGCCCAAAUACCAACAGCUGCCUCCAAGACACCCCAACGGCGAGCCCAAAUACCAGCAGCUGCCCCCUAGACACGCCAACGGCGAACCCAAAUACCAACAGCUGCCCCCAAGACACCCCAACGGCGAGCCCAAGUACCAGCAGCUGCCCCCUAGACACGCCAACGGCGAACCCAAAUACCAACAGCUACCGCCAAGACAUCCCAACGAAGAGUCUAAGUACCAACCAUUCCCACAAGACAGUGAUGUAAAGUACCAAGGCCUUCCGCCAAGGAGGCCCGAUAUUGAGCCCAAAUACCAGCCACUACCUCCAAGACGACCAGAAGGAGAGGCGAAGUACCAGCCCUUACCACCUAGACGACUUGAGAUCGAACCUAAAUACCAACCCUUGCCCCCGAGACGGCCAGAGGAUGCCAAGUACCAACCACUACCUCCUAGAAGAGCAGAUGGAGAGGGAAAGUACCAGGUACUACCAUCUAGGGUGGCUGAUUACGAGUUCCAUCCCAUUCCCAUUAAGUUGGAAUCAGAGCCCGUGUUCCAGCCUCUGUCUCAUAUGUUCGAUUACGAGUUUAAGCCCAUUCCGACGAUAAAGCCCAACUACGAGCAUGUCUACCCGACGAUACCCUUGAGGAAGCCAGAUGGGGAAAGCCAGCCAGUACCGCCGGUGAGUGGGGAUAUCCAGGGAAUACCGAAUCAGCCCAAAGUACAAUCCCUUCCCCCAAGAACUCAUGCAAGCGAUGUCGCCUUCCAAGCAGCACCUCCGCUACCCCUCGCCACAGACCAGGCGCCACCCCCGAAGGCGUACCAGAGCGAGCAGGUGUAUCAGUCAGUUGCUUCUAAGGUUACCAGUAACGUACCUCUAUACGAGCUCAUCUCUGCCAAAGCACCAGGCACUGAGCCCAUUCCAGCGAAGGUCCCAGGAGUUAUACCUUUAUAUGAAGGCAUUCCUCCGAAGAUCAAGAUGCCUGACCCGCUGAUAUUUCAAACUAUCGCUCCGAAAGCAGGUGAAGCCGAGCCUCUUUAUGCAACGAUGCCUUCUCCCGUGUCUCCUCUCAAGGCUGACGAAGCCGAGCCCUUGUACCAGACGUCGCCUCCCAAGAUGAGCGCGAUUGAACCUCUCUAUCAAUCAUCUCCGGACGCCCUGGAUGCUGAUCCAGUCUACCAGGCCGUGACGCCUCAGAUGAUUCAAGACGUCAAGUGUAACUACCAGUUGUUGCAACAAAGGAAAUUGGAGCAGGAUGCUAAGGCCUUAGCAGGGCCAAAGAGAACCAUCAAGGGAGAUAAGUAUCACUCGCCCACCAAACGAACCUUCAGAGAGCGAGAUGGUGAAUCAAAAUCUCAAUCGUCGUCGAAGAAGGGUUCGAAAGGCGAGCCCAAGUAUCAGUCACUUCCUAAGAGGAGAGAGAAGGACAGUGAGGGGAAGUACCAGUCACUGCCACGGCGUGCGGGGCGGCGAGACCCCCCGGCACCCCUCCAGUUCCGCUGGACUCCUGGGGACGACGAUGGAAUAUAUUCCAGUCUGGAAUACCCUAGUGAGGAAGGGCGGAGUGGAGGCCCUAGCGAGGAUGAGAUAUACUCCAGCCUGACCACUACAGACGAUCCAGUGUAUCAGAGUGUGAGUGAAGCCUCAUACUCCCGGCCUGUGCCGCCUCUCCCAGCACCCCUCAGGUACCGCCGGCGUGUGGACGACGCCCCUCCUCCCUUACCCCCACCGCGCCUCACAACAGGACCAGUUGGCCCUCACAAUCCUCUGGUCUCGCCCGGAGCCAUAGUCGUCCCUCCGGUCCUCCCCAUCAGGGCCCCGCGAGUCUCCGCAGCGUCUAGUCAGAGGUUGUCGUACCCUGCGGAGAGCAGCACGAGCCUCAGCCCCAGCCCCGAGAACCUCCUGACGCAGUCAGCGCCGUCGUGGCCACAGCGGCAACACCGUCAGGAUAACGAGGAGGUCUAUUCCUCUAUUCCUUCCUUGAUCAGUUCCACGCCAGAAUCCCCGCCAGCGACACUCCCUCGAGCGGCGCAAACCGGUCGCGUGGCUCCUUCGGCGUCGUGGAACUCGCUAGGAUCCUCCUGCAGAUCCUCCUGGGACUCGCUAGGAUCCUCGGUAAGAUCCGAGAGCAGCAAUAACGCCCGUCAGCGCCGCCGGCGAGCGCGCUCCGACCCCCGGAUGGACGCCGGGGUGCUCCACCGCCUGGCCUUCACCAUAUGGCACACCGCCUUACACAUCGAGAAAGAGAACAACAAUGAGGGGUUGGCGUCACAGAAGCAGCCUACCGUAAGUAGCAGAAAUAGUGUUACGCUCUCUUCAGGAGCGCUCUCUUCAGGAGCGCUCUCUUCAGGAGCGCUCUCUUUAGGAAUGCUCUCUUUAGGAACGCUCUCUUCAGGAGCGCUCUCUUCUGGAGCGUUCUCUUCAGGAGCGCUCUCUUCUGGAGCGUUCUCUUCAGGAGCGCUCUCUUCAGGAGCGCUCUCUUCAGGAGCGCUCUCUUUAGGAGCGCUCUCUUCAGGAGCGCUCUCUUUAGGAACGCUCUCUUCAGGAGCGCUCUCUUCAGGAGCGCUCUCUUCAGGACGCUCUCUUUAG